ACCAAGAUGCCCCCCCCCCCACACACACACACAUACAAACUGAGGUUUUACUCCAUUUCCCACAGCUUAGUUCAUGAAGAGCACAUGAUUGCUGUAUGUGUAAAUAUUGGAAAUCAGAAUGUAUAUAAACAGUCGCAACAGCUGAAUGAUAUCUGUCUGAGUUGAAGAACUUAACAGGCAACAGCAUCUACACAUAAACAAGCGCAAACAAGAUGAAGCUCUGCAUCCUGCUCAUGUUUGCUACCCUCUCCGUCCUCGUUUACGGAAUGCCGCCAAUCAGCAGGGACUACAACACACACUGCCGGUGCCUUGAGGUGGAGUCGAGGAUCAUCCCUCCAGACAGUCUGAAGAGCAUCAAGCUCGUCCCUGAAGGGCCCCACUGCCCGGAUAUAGAAGUCAUAGCUGGACUGGCGAAUGGGGAGAAGGUGUGCCUGAACCCUCGGUCCUCCUGGGUGAAGAAGCUAAUCCAGUUUGUUCUUGACAAAAAACUACAUCAGUAGGGUGGAGAAGCACUUCCUAAGAAUCAAGGAUAAUACCGGGAUGCAAAUCACAUGUUGCACUUGAAGCUGUUGAACUUUUUUUGCAACAAUGAGCCAUGCUGUUUUACUUUAAUAAAUAACAUUUAACCCAAGUUGUGUAACUUAUAUAACUUUUCUGUUGUUAGUGUUAAUAUUUUCUAAAAUAUUGCUUCUGAACUUACUUACUUGUGUUACAGCUUACAAAAACAGAUGUGUGUGAUGAUGUUAGGGACGUACAUGCAAGUUUAAUUGUACCCAUGAAUUCAGGUGUGACAAUAUAUUAAUCAUUCUGUGUAGAAAGUUGGGUUGUAUGACCUUUUGAAAGCAGAUGAAUGUAGCAUAAAAUAUGUCUUACUAUGUAAUACUGUGGAGAUUCUCCAACAUAUUGUUUGCUUAUCCCUAUGUCUAAUGUGAGGAUUGAAA